AAUAUCCCCCGAAAAUACCCCGAAAAUAUCCCCCCAAAACACUCAAAAUAUCCCCCAAAAUAUCCCUAAAAAUCCCCAUAAUAUCCCCCAAAAUAGCCCUAAAAAUACCCAACGUAUCCCUCAAAAUAUCUCUAAAAAUACCCAAAAUAUCCCCCCAAAAAUAUCCCUAAAAAAACCCCAAAAUAUCCCCAAAAAAUCCCCCAAAAUCCCCAAAAUCUCCACAAAAUCCCCAAGCUGUGCAGUGGCUGCCCCCAACCAGCUCCGGCUGCAGCUGCAGCAGCGCCUGCAGGGACAGCAGCAGUUGCUGCAGCAGAACCGCCAGGCGGCGCUGCUGGGGCACUUCGGGGCGCCCGUGGGGCUGUCGCUGCGCGCCGGGAUCCCGCAGCAGCAGCAGCAGCAGCAGCAGCCGCAGCCGCCCCUGAACGCGCAGAUGCUGGCGCAGCGGCAGCGGGAGCUCUACAGCCAGCAGCACCGGCAGCGGCAGCUGAUGCAGCAGCGCGCGCUCCUCAUGCGCCAGCAGCAGCAGCAGCAACAGCAGCAGCAGCAGCAGCAGAAUUUCGGCAAUUCCCCCCUGGGGACCCCCAUGGGAGCCCCGAUGGGAGCCCCGAUGGGGACGCCCAUGGGAGCCCCGAUGGGGACGGCCCGGCAGCAGCAGCAGCAGCAGCAGCCGCAGCCGCAGUUCCCGUUCCCCACGCCCGGUUACGGUACGAGCGGCCCCGGCGCCGGCGUGGCCGCGUUCGGGGGUCCCGAGGCGGCGCUGGGGGCGCGCGGGGGCCUCGGGGGCCGCGCCGUGAUGGGAGCGGCGCCGACGGCGGCACCGGCGGCGGCACCGGCGGCGCCCUACGGAGCCGGGAUGGGCCCAGCCGGGAUGCAGCAGAACCUCUUCCAGUACCCGGGGGCAGGGCUGGGCCAGCAGCCGGACCCGUCGGGAUUCGCGCCGGCGGCGGCGCUGAGCCCCGGCAGCCCCCUGGUGUCGCCGCAGCUGCCGCCGGCGCCGCCCGCGCCCGGGUACCAAUCGCCGGAGCUGAAACCGUGGCAGGCCGGGAACGUCGGCAACAACGGGUGA